AUGGAACGUUGGUUAAAUUUAAAAAGGAAGAAUUCUGACGUUGAUGAUGAAAAAACUCCGUGUACGAGUAAAGAAAAGUCAACAAAACUUCGUAAGUAUGAUAGUAAUUAUUUAUCAAUGGGUUUCACGUCCAACGGAUCUGAAGAAGAACCAAAACCUCAAUGUGUGGUAUGUUUUGAGGUAUUAUCAAACGAGGCUUUAAAACCAUCAAAACUAAAAAGACACCUCGAAACUAAGCAUAAAGGACAUGCCAUGAAAUCCAUUGAUUUUUUUAAAAAUAAAGAGCAAGAAUUGAGAAAAAAUAUGAAAUUUAUUAAAAAAACUGCAACUGAUUGUACAAAUGAAAGCGCCGUAAAAGCAUCGUUCAUAGUUUCUUUACUAAUUGGGAAAUCAGGGAAACCUCACACGAUCGCUGAGGACUUGAUAUUACCUGCUGCGAAAGCUAUGGUUUCUGCAAUGAUCGGCGAAGAAGCUGCAAAUAGCUUAAAUAAAAUUGCAUUGUCAAAUGAUACAAUAAAAAAACGAAUUGAUUGUUUAUCAGGAAAUAUUAAAGAACAAUUGUUGAAAAGAAUUAAUAAAAGUGACUACUUUAGUCUCCAACUUGAUGAAAGUACCGAUAUAACUAAUAAAUCAGUAUUACUGUGUUAUGUAAGAUACGAAUACGAUAAUGUCAUUUCCGAAGACAUUUUAUUCGUAACCACUGUGGUACACACCACGGCAGAGGAAAUAUUUUGUAAAAUUAAUGAAUUUAUUAUAGCGAAUGAAAUUGAAUGGACUAAAUGUGUAGGAGUUAUUACAGAUGGUGCUCGAGCAAUGUCAGGAAAAUUUACUGGAUUAAUUGCAAGGAUUAGAAAUAUCAUACCAUCAGUCACAUGGCAUCAUUGUUGCAUUCAUCGCGAAGCCAUAGUUUCCAAAAAAAUACCAAUACAUUUGAAAACAGUUUUGGACGAGGCUGUAAAAAUUGUGAACUUUAUAAAAGCAAAAUCAUUGAAUUCAAGAAUUUUUAAACAACUUUGCAAAGACAUGGAUAGUGAACAUUAUCAACUUCUGUUGCAUUCUGAAAUUCGUUGGUUAUCUCGAGGUAAAGUGCUCUCUCGUCUAUUUGAAUUGAAAGAUGAGGUAAGAUUAUUUUUUAUCGAACAUAAAUCAUUUUCGUUGAGUGAACGCGUGAAUGAUUAUUCUUGGUUGGCUACUUUAGCAUAUCUAUCAGAUAUAUUUACUCAUUUAAACGCACUUAAUUUAAGUCUUCAAGGAACACAUAUUACAAUUUUCAAAGUUGAAGAUAAGAUUGAAGCGAUGAUUAAAAAGUUGGAACUAUGGAGUCUUCGGCUGUCAAAGAAGAAUUACGAUCCAUUUCCAAAUCUCAAAAAUUUUAUUGAAUCAACUGAAGAAGAAUUGUCAGAUAAAGAUUCUAAAUAUUUCAUACAACACAUGGGUGAUAUGCAACGUAGCUUCCGUGAUUACUUUCCUGUUCCAGAUAUAAGUAGAAAUUGGAUUCGACAACCUUUUGAAAUUGAUAUUCAUCAAAUAAAUGGACUGACAUCAUUGAAAGAAGAUAGCCUUGUAGAAAUGUCUACACAUACUAGUUUCAAAAUGCAGUUCAAUCGAAAGUCAUUAGAACAUUUUUGGUUGCAUGUUCGAAAGGAUUAUCCACAAUUAUCGAGUAAAGCUCUGAAAGUUUUGAUUCCAUUUCCCACAACUUAUUUAUGUGAAAAAGCAUUCUCCGCCCUCGUUUAUAUUAAGAAUAAGUUUCGAAACCGAUUAGAAAACGUAGAAUCUGAACUACGAUUAAAGCUUUCGAGUAUUGAGCCCGAUGUUCAAAAACUAGUAACUGAAAUGCAACAUCAACCAUCGCAUUAA